AUGGAUGAUCAGCACUUGAGCCACGACCAAUUCUUUGAGAAGCUCAAUGAGCUGUUCGGCGCUCGCAAAGGAAGUGAUCAUGGGGCCAUAUAUUUAACACAAAAACGACUCACACAUAAUAGCGACAGCGAACAUUUGACGGCGGAUGGGGACUUUGAAGACCGUCAUCCGUCGAAGCCCAUACCCGUUAUUGUCAGAGCCACAAACGGCAAAUCCAAAAGAGCCAAGACCAGCAAGAUCAAGCUGUCUACAGUGAUUCAACCGCAUGAUCUAGCGUCCUUCUAUGUUCGUUACGCAGAAGUCUGUAAGGCCGGCAUGGCGGCGCUGAAACCACGAGACCGAAGCAAGAACAAGGCCAAGGCCAAGGCGAAGAAGAAGAAGACAGCGGCAUAG